AGGUGGUUAAUAGGCUGUCACAGCACUAAGUGGAUAUAACAAGGGGAGCUCUGACACGUUCUCUGUACAACCGCAUUGCUCUAAGCUUUUAAAUCGAAAUUGAGGAUGGAAUCUGAUGCCAGUUUAAUGUCCAGCAGGCCCUCCUCUCCUGAAGUCGAAGAUAUAUUUCUGCCUUCAGUCAGAAAGACUGCCGGCUUCUCGGGCACCGUCUCCUCUACGCAGAGCGACUCACCCCAAGAGCUGAGCUCCGAAUUUCGGGCAGCGCUGGCAGCGAGUGCUUUGGAAGAUGACACGCUCAGCUUGAAAAUGUUGUCAAAGAAAGACCGAAAGCUUCUUUCAGAACCCGAGCUGCAGCACAUGAGGUUGAAGAUAAACAGCCGAGAAAGGAAGAGGAUGCACGACCUAAACAUUGCCAUGGACGGGCUCCGGGAGGUUAUGCCCUAUGCGCACGGACCAUCGGUGAGAAAACUCUCCAAGAUCGCAACCCUUCUUCUGGCUAGGAACUACAUCCUGAUGCUCACGAGCUCUCUAGAAGAAAUGAAGAGAUUGGUCAGUGAGAUCUAUGGGGGUCACCACGGCGGAUUUCACCCCUCAGCUUGCGGGGGAAUGACCCACGCGGGACAUUUACCCGGGCACCCGGCUUCUCAUGCAUCCCAUCCCGUCCACCACCCCAUUAUCCCGCCAGUCGUUUCAACAGCAUCACUCUCUGUACCAAGUAUGUCAGCCGUGAGUUCAGUAAGACCCCACCAUGGGCUGCUGAAGUCUUCGCCUGCGGGCGUAGGGCAUGCCUUGGGCAGCAGUUUCCAACAUUGGGGCGCGGGCAUGCCAUGUCCGUGUAGUAUGUGCCAAGUACCCCCUCCACACGUUUCUGGCAUGUCUACAGUCAGCAUGCCAAGAAUUACUAGUGACACGAAAUAAAAAGACUUUUAAUAUAUAACUAAGUAGGUUUACUAGCACAGUGAAAUAUACCCCAAAAACUUUCUUAAGAAUAUUACUAAAAGUAAUUUUCCUAAAACGCAAAACCUGGUUCAUUGGAUCAAAAGGAAAAUAAAGAGCUCAAGCCUCAUUAAAAAAAAAAAAAAAAAAAAAAAAAAACCUUUUUUUUUUUUUUUUUUUUUUCAAAUUGUACAAGUCUAAAAAUAGGGCAUCUGUACAGCUAAACGGGCAACUUAAGAUACAUUAAAACAGACUUGAAUUCAGAUACCGUUCAUUUGCUUUGAAAAGGGUUGCCUUUAUCUUGGAAAACAUCGGAAAAAUAAAUCAUUGUGAAAAAACUGGAAUCGAAAAAGGAGCACGAUGUUUUCUGAAAACAAAUUAGAUGCAUACACGUUUGGACAUCUUUAGUACUACUUGUGCAAUUAUUAUUUGUCUGUAUGUGUUUGUGUUUUUUUAUUAUUAUGUAAGAAAACGACUAGGUCGAACAGCAAAUAUCGGAUAACCACUUGAAAAAACUUUAACAGUUGUUAGAAGGAUUCGUUUUGAUAAACGCUGUAUUGUAAAUUAAUGCUCAAUGUGAAUGCAACUAUUGUUCCCCUCUCCUUUGAGAAAACAGUAGAAACCAAUGCUUGAAGUUGUACAUAUUUUUUGUGUUUGUUUGUAAAUAAGCUAUAUAGAAAGUCUGAGGGAAGAUAAACAUUUUUUAAAAUAAUAAAUAACAUGUACUUCUGUUUAGGUGCACUUGAAGAAUAUUACCGGUUCCUGUCAAAUUGUUUUUAUUUUGUCUGUAACACUAAAACUGUUUACGUCAUUUUCUAUUUGUUAAAUGCCAUUUUAAUUUUAAAAUGUCUUUCCCUGUACCUAACCUUAUUCUACACUACACUGCCUGGUUGCUCUUAACUUUCAGUAUUUGACCUGUUCGUGUUCACAAAGCAUCAGAACACAACGCGUCUAUCACUGCCCAUUGCAAACAUUGAUCUCCUCUUUAUUUUUUAUAAAAAUUGCAAAAUAAUAUUUAUUUACUUAUUUCGCUGAGGGGAUGAGUGGUGAACUGUUGGAAUUUGAAAUAAAAAAUACA